CCUGCUACCACCCCGCGACGCUGUUCAACUUGAAGCUCGAGCAGUGAGUCGGGCCAGGACGCGAAACCACUUCUCGACGCUUCGGAAGACUCGACGAUCGAACAUCGAAAUCCUGGACAACGAAUCGGACGGGGGACUGCACCCCGCGAUGCCAGCCUCUGCCGGCGCCGCCACGCCGAUGCACAAACAGCUUCCGCUCGUGCUCGCCACCACCUGCUUCUUCGUCUUCGCCGCCCUGCUGUUCGUCCAUCCCUACCUCCGCGCCAGCCUCGCCAGUCCUUACCGCGUCGUGUACGACCCAUACCAACAUGCAACCACCUUUGUCCUCAAAGACAAGUACGUCGGCAACGACUUCUACAACGGCUUCCAGUGGGAGACCCUCGAUGACCCCACCCACGGGUGUGUCAACUACGUCGACCAGAACACGGCAAAGAACAACAACCUCACGCAGGCGACGGACACAAAGUUCUUCAUGCGCGCCGACACGAACAAGGUCGUCGGCAAGAACGCCCGCGGCCGCGACAGCGUGCGCAUCUCGUCGUGGGCAGCCUACGAAGACUCUGUUAUCGUCCUCGAUGUGCAGCACAUGCCCGAGGGGUGCGGGACAUGGCCCGCGUUCUGGACGCUGAGCCAAAAGGGGCCCUGGCCUGCCGGCGGGGAGAUCGACAUUCUGGAAGGCGUGAAUCUGCAGAGCAACAACAUCGCGACGCUGCACACGAAUCAGUACUGCACGAUGCCGCAGUCGCGGUACCAAUCAGGGAGCGUCACGAGCACGAACUGCGACGCGAACGCGAACUUCAACCAGGGCUGCGGCGCGCAGGCCACGGACGGCUUCUCGUACGGCACGCUCUUCAACAGCGUCGGCGGCGGCUACUACGUCAUGUCGCGCACGCCCGACGACGGGAUCAAGGUCUGGUUCUGGCGGCGCGACGACCCGGGCGUGCCGCCCGCGGUCACGCAGAAGGGGUUCUUCAACGACGUCUUCGGCGCCGACCAGCCCGUGCUCACCCUGCCCGACCCGACGUGGGGCCCGCCCCUCGCGUACUUUCCCUUUGGCGACUUUUGCGAGUACGGCGGCCACUUUGACGCCCACAUCAUGGUGUUCGACCUGACGUUCUGCGGUGACUGGGCCGGCACGGACUUUGCCUCCGCGGGCUGCGGAUUCAGCUGCGACGACUUUGUGAGGAACAGCCCUGAUGCGUUCGAAGACGCCUAUUGGGAGAUCAACUCCUUGCACGUCUUCACACCCAAGAGCUGAAUAUGGCCUUGUCCCAUCUCCACCCAUAUUUCUAGCAUCUGCAAUCUAAAUCUUGACGGACUCUGGUUUUGUAUCCAACCCGCGCUCAUACUGUGUCUCUACUUUUCCUUGUACUACACCCUACCCUGUCCUUUCUAGCCGGCCACUUUAACUGCACUUUUAUCUCGGACUCUCUAUCUACUCACAAGUCGUACCUCGGAAUCAUUCUGACAGUAGCUGGGUAGCCCAAAACCUC